AGCCACGUCCGCUGCGGCGCGGUAGGCGGGGCGGCGGGGGGCGCGGCCGGGGCGGGAGCGGCCCCGGAUGGAGGCCGCCGCCAUUUAGACAGCCCGCAGCGGCAGGCGUGGGGUGCCGGCUGGUUGUUGCCGCUGUCAUGAGGUGCCUGUCGCAGGUGGUGUUGCUCGCCCUGCUCGUUUUCCCCGCCGCCUUGCUGCUCGGGGGCGCCCGCAGCGGCCCAGGUUCAGGUUUAUUAGUUGCAGCUCAAGAUGCUACAGAAGAUGAGGAAGCUGUGGAAGAUACUGUAGUUGAAGAUGAAGAUGAUGAAGCUGAAGUUGAAGAAGAUGAGCCAACAGACUUGACAGAAGAAAAAGAGGAAGAAGACUUGUCAGGAGAACCUAAAGCCUCACCUAGUGCUGAUACAACUAUCUUAUUUGUGAAAGGUGAAGACUUUCCAGCAAACAACAUUGUAAAAUUUCUGGUGGGCUUCACCAAUAAGGGUACAGAAGAUUUCAUCGUCGAGUCUCUUGAUGCUUCUUUCCGGUAUCCUCAAGACUACCAGUUUUAUAUCCAGAACUUCACGGCUCUCCCUCUCAAUACAGUAGUUCCACCACAGAGACAAGCCACGUUUGAGUACUCUUUCAUCCCUGCUGAGCCUAUGGGUGGUCGUCCUUUCGGACUAGUUAUCAAUCUCAACUACAGAGAUGUAAAUGGCAACAUGUUUCAAGAUGCUGUCUUCAAUCAAACUGUUAUAAUUAUUGAAAAAGAAGAUGGGCUGGAUGGAGAAACGAUCUUCAUGUACAUGUUCCUUGCUGGACUUGGUCUACUUGUCAUUGUUGGCCUACAUCAGUUACUAGAAUCUAGGAAGAGGAAAAGACCAGUACAGAAAGUAGAGAUGGGAACAUCGAAUCAGAAUGAUGUUGAUAUGAGCUGGAUUCCCCAAGAAACUUUAAAUCAAAUAAAUAAAGCUUCACCGAGGAGGUUGCCCUACAAGAGGGCACAGAAGAGAUCAGUGGGCUCUGAUGAGUAAAUGUUAACUAGUACAACAGUUGAACCUUUACUAAUCCUGCCUGUUUGGGUUUUUUGGAUUGGAGUAGUGCAGAGAAUCCAUAUCACCAUAAGGAAAAUACUGCUAAACAUUUGGACUGAACAGAUUAACUGAAUGGUGUUAAUAUUACUGAAAAUGCACUUCUCUUUUUUGUUAAUUAUUGGGGGGGAGGGGGGGAAGGUAGCUAUUAAGAUUUGUGCCUGCGUGUGUAAGAGUUGGUCUUAACAGAACCAUGUUACCUGAAAUGUGCCUUUAGAGUUCUUCGUAAUGCUGGCUUGUCAUCUGUAUGCUGUCUUUGAAGGAUUUUUGUCCUCCCCCUAACCUGAAUGUCUAGUGAUUUAGUCUGUCUUGAUAGUAUCAUAUCUGUAUCAGAAUCUGUAUAAAUUUUUCAUUUUCAGUGAGUAACUUUGUUCUCUACAGUACACACACACUGAAGUUUGUGUGUGGUCCUAUUUCAGUGGCGAGGCACUGAUCAUCUAGAUUUCCUCAUAGUUUGCGUUCUAAAGGCACAAUUGGGUAUAGCUGCUCGUAGUGGUAGAUAUUUUGCUGCUCUUGUGAUCUGGGCAUGCAGUGACUUAAAAAUCUGAACUUAAUCUGCAUAGAUGUUAGGAAGACUCCUACACAGCAGCAGAAUUUGUGAAGCAUGGAAUUUGUGUGCUGAGUUGGUAUUACUACAUAAUUUUUUUUUUUACCCAACUUGUUAAAUGGUUAGUUAUUGAGUCAUGCCAGCAGCUUAGGUAUUCUGAUUGCAGUGGUAGCUCUGCAAUGUUUACUCAAGAACUUCUUGAAUAAGCCAGAACAACUUUUCAGUAAGUUCUUGGUUCUCUCACAAAAACUAGAAUGUCAUAUGUAUCAAAAUGUGGACUUUUCUUAAAGCUUUGCAUUUACUGUACACACUUGAAACUGAAUUGAAAAACUGUUGACUUCAAGUAAUCUUUUUAAAUGGCAAACUAUUUAAUUCACCCUUUGUAGCUUUUAAAUCUCAAACUUCUUUCCACUUGUCAGCACAUUGGUCUGAGUUAAUUUCUUUUUAUCACCUUGUCUUUCUUACUAGUAACACUGAUGCAUAGCCAUUAUUAACUAUACAUGUUAGUUCAGUACUAAAGCAGAAAAGCUAUAUGCAAUCAAAAUGGGAUUCUCUUUUGUGGCAGGCACAGUUUACAUGAUUACCAGGAACUGAGGUAUUGAUCCAUUUCCAUUGCAUUCAAGAAUUUAACUGACAGUAAAAAAGAACAGAUAAUGUGGAGUGUCACUCUGCUGCUGUUCAGGCACCUGGACAAAGCUUGAAUCACUUGCAUCUCAACUGCACAUCUCUUUCUGUGUCUGAAAGUUACCUGGAAGCUUGAGUUCAGGAAAAGGCAUUGAUUUGAGACCUCUGUCAUUUUUUCCUCACCUUCCUGAUCCCCGCAUGUGAAAAUGCUCUUUUAGACCUACACUUGCUCUGCAGGGACUGAGCUUCUGAGCCAAUGAGAGCUGAGCGAUACUUGCAAGUUAUGUCAUAGCGUGCUGGAAGCAUCAAAGCUCUGAAACUACAUGUACUGGCACUAUUUUAUUAUACACUUUGCCAGAAUGAACUGUGAAGCUGUUCUUGACUCAUCUUGCUCUGGAAAAGAUAAGAAUGGGAAGAGCAACCCCAAAGAUGCUUUAUUCAACUUCCUGAUAAUAUAGCCAGUCUGGGCAGAAUAUUUUUAAUAGUUAAAACCUAUGAAUCAACACACAGAUCACUUAGCAAACAGUUGAAUGCUACCUGCAUAAGAAGUAACUCUACUCAAAUUGUGUGGAACAAAUUUGUUUGCCUUUAAUACAGUUAGAUACAAUCUAACUGGCUCUGUCAUAGGUUUAUGGGCUUAUACUCAAGCUUGCAUUGAUUCAACAAAGUGUUUAUGUAUUAAAUACUUUGUAUACUAAAGCCCUAUAGCUAUUGCAAUACCUGAUGUACUGAACUUUUAAGUUACCUCUCUUGUAUUAUGUCUCUAACCUGAAAUCAAGAGAUUUUUUUUUUACUUUCUAGUAAUAGGUAAUCUUAAACUGUAUGCUCUAAUUCUUCCCAAGAUGGGAAGGUACUCUUUUUUUUGGGGGGGGUGAUGAGAGCUGCUCUAGAUAUAGUGGUACUCCAGAAAAAAAGACAAAGGAUCAGAACAGGGGAUACUAAUUUGCAAUAUCCUAGUCUUAUUUGUUCAGAUAAACAGUUUACCCUUACUGAUUGAGUUUUGGAGCAGGUUAGGCCUUUAGAAAGCUUAAGAGAAGCUGAAAGACUGAAGCACUGUACAAAUAAGAAGCAGAAAUAAGUAUUUUAAGCUUUCUUCUCUGCACUCAGUGGCUAGCAUCCAAAUGCUUAAUUUCGGAGCAUGAAAGAAGAGAGGAGACAGUUUAGGAACUUGCACAGGAGCUAGCAAGGGAAAGGUCCACUUGUACCAAGAUUGAUUGUACAACUUGGUGUUCGCUGUGGAUGCCUUCAUAGUAACUUUCUCAGCCAGAAGCAGUUCCUGGGAACUCUGACCAACAGGUAUUGCUUAUGAUAAAUGAAGUAACAGUUUUGAACUCCAUGUUUCUUGUUAGUUUACUGUAAGUGAAAUUUAGCAACAGUGUUCUAGUGUGUAGUGGCAAUUGAACUUUGGUAUUUCUUAUAUUAUUUCUAGUGAACAAGGCAAUCUACUACAGUCAGAUUUCAUCAAAUGAGAGAACAUAGAUGUUGCUUUAUCCUGUUGGUUAACAACUUUUUUGACCCUUGAAUUUCUACUCAAUUUUUAAACACAUACACAUGCUUGGUGUUGCAGGUAUAUUGCUGGAUAUCAUUAGUAGUAUUAUCAGCUGAGCAGCAUAUAGUUUCAUUGACUGUAAGAUGGAACAAGUAGCAAUUCUGCCUGUGUCAUAUGGUAGCACAAGCAUUUGUGUAAUCUAGCAUUCUCACCAGCCUGGUUUUCAGGAAGCUUACUAUACUACCAUGCAACUGCUCUUGUGAGGUUAUGAGAAGAGCAAGGACUGGGGUUUCUUCGUUAUUAGUAAGAGAUGCUAACAGUGGUUUUAGACUGCAGAUGAAACUAUGGCCUUAGUGUUAAGGACCACUCUUAAUUCCUUUCUCCUUAGCUAAUUAAAAAAAUUGUGAAGGCUUAAUGAGCCUGUGUUUGGGUGAAGAAAAACUGCUUUAGAGUUCAUGUCUAGAAAGCAUUAAUGUAGCUAUGCUUGAACUGCAUUUGAUACUUGUAGCCCUCUGUAUGCUGUCCGCUGUGUGACAGCGGUUCACUUUUUUUUUUCCCCAGUACCAUUUAAUUGAGAAAGAAGAGUGGCUGCUGUCAGACUCUAGGAUGAAAUCUCAUCUUUAUUCUUCAUGUACAAGAUAAUUAAUUAGAUUGUAGACCAUGGAGAUGAAUGGAGCAGACUAGUGAUGGCAGUACUUCUGCUUGUUUCCAAACAGUUAUGCUGGACAUCUUUAUCUUGGAAUGAAUGUAAUCAAAAGCAUAAAUUGCUAUUUUUACUCCUGGAAUGCACAGUGCUAAACAAGAUAUUGCAGUUGAAAGCUCUGAAUUGAGGAAAGCAGCAGGAAAGUCAAGUACUAACAUAGGCUGGUCAUUGAUGUACUGAGCAGCAGUUAAAAGUCUGUUCUCUUUUCUCCAAAGGAAGGACAGUACCUACCUCAUAAGAGUGACACAAGGGCUGUUUCAGGAGUGGUUUAAAGUUACUUGAGACUUGCACAAUACACUUCUGUGGAGACAGUAAGACAUAACAUUAGUAUAACUUGAUGGUAACUACAUACAUUCAUGUUAUACUAGUUUAAUCCUCUCACUGAACAGAAUUUAGCAGCUUUUGUACUAAGACUUUUCUUAAAUACACAGAGGAAUUGCGAUUAACUUACAGAGAGCAAAGCCAGAAAGAUCUUUCAGUUUCUGCAAGAGCUUAUAGGUGGGCUAAAUAACGUUCUUCUGACAUUCUUCCAUUUAUCUCUAAAUUUUCCCAGGGAUUUCUUUUAAGCAAAUGAUAUAGAAGAUUGUUUGUGUCAAUACAAUCAACAGUCAGUUUAAGAAUGACUGUUUUGGAUGAUUAUGUUCAGAUGAUUUACUGCAACUGAAAUGUUAAAUUAACACUUUCUUACCUGCUGACUUUCACUUAUAAGUGAGAUCAGAUCUCUUGAAAAUGGCUGCAGGUUUUUUGUAAAGUAACCUUGAUUUUUUUUUCUUAGCAUUGUAUAGCUUUUUUUUUAAAUAAAGCAUGAGUAUGGCACCAAAAA